AUGAAGACGACGACCCUUCUCAUUAUCUCUGGCAGUAUACUUCUCUUUUCCAGCGUCACCACUCAAUGGGUUAUCGAAAUUGUCCGACUCUUCAAAGGUUUUAUAGACCAUGGAAAUGAACCCGACGGGCCUUUGCUGUACUUUACUUUGUUGUCCGAUGGUCUAGAUGUCGCUCGCCUGAGUAUAUACAUAGUUGAAGUGGGCAUAUGCGACUUUAUAAUGGUAUAUCGGCUCUGGCAAGUGUGGCACCGCAGCUGGCCGAUUGCAAUGCCACCUAGCUGCACAUAUAUCGCUAGCAUGGUCUGCGGGGCAUUAUUCAUAUAUAACAAGCACAAAUUGGCCCCGAACGAGAAUUUCUUCACAUCUUCUUGCGCGCCUUGGAUCGCCGCUACUCUGACGUGCACUGUAGCCACGAACAUAUACUGCUCAGCUCUGCUGUCAUACAAGGUGUGGAGUACGCAGCAAGCAGUGCGGCACGCAACAAAGUACUUACGCUCUACGGUGGCUUCCAAAGUUGUGGCUAUCAUUAUUGAGAGCGCUUUACUCUUCACGGUGUCGAAUGUAAUAAUGAUGAUAACCUACUUUGGCCAAUCCUUUGCAAUAAUCACUUCCAUAACUUUCGCGGCGCCGCUCUCGGGCAUUGCAUACUGCCUUAUCAUCGUUCGCUUCGGCAUGGGUGGAGCCUUCGAGACCAACGGACCCGCUCUGUCCACCUUUAAUCUCCCGUCCCUGCAUUCAUCGCGCCCCAGUGCCAAUCUGGGGGUCGCGGUAAAGCCUGUGGCUAUAAACAUUACGCACGAGUUGGAGACUGAUGGGACAGAUGACGAUCUUGCUGCAAAGACAUCCCAGACGGACGCACUUCAUGGUCUUGGCCAGAACUAUGCUGGUUCCCAAGUUUGACAUAUUAUUGAUUCACCUGCUGAGAUUUAUAUAAAUAUAUGUGAAAUAUAAUUGCCGUGCCUUUUAUAGAUUCUCACAGCUCGAGAGCUCG